GGUGUGUCAUCAUUCAAUUAGAACCCCUUCUAGCAAAGCAGUAUUUAAUUGAAUAGUUCUUAGGUUCGUUCAUUGUGGCCAUGGCUUCCGCAAGAAGCAUCAUCGCCCUAGCUUAGCUCAGCUAAAUCAGCACUCAGCUGCUGAGUGCUGGCACUCAGCUGAGGUGAUCUUCCUCUUCUUGACCUUGGCUUUGGCAUUGGUCUCACUGAGCUUCAAGUUUUUGGGAUGGAGUGGCCUUUGGCGUGUCUUUCUCUUCAUCCUGCUGCCCUUGUGGUUCAUUUGGCCAGCCUCUUUCCUGCUGCAGUGGCGUGUCUUCGGGCCUAUCACCAGACAGGCACUUUUCACGCCCUUCUUUGACACGCAGAUCAUGGGGCGCUACACAGACGAAGCCUGGUACUGCUUCACCACAACUUCUCUUUUGUUGGCCAUCGCCUGUUUGCCGGCCUUCAAUCUUCUUCACCGCUUCGUCCACUUCUACUUUCGCGUGUCGCUCCAACGCGCCUUCUACCACGAUGGCGUGGACGUGUUGAUGCCCCAGGUGUCGAAGUGCCCCUGGGUGCCGAUCCUCCUUUUUGGAGCGACGCUCAAUGAGUUCAUGCGGCCCAACAGCAAGGAAGCGCAUUCCUUGUUCACCUUGUCUCAGUAUGCCAUGGGCUGCCAGAGGACUGACUUCCUAGCUGCGCCAAAGUGGAUGUCUCUGGCACGGUGCAUGACCUUGAGCUGUGCAGCCAUAGAUGGCUUUGUGCUCACUCAGAUCAACAAAUGGCACACGCGCGUUUUGAUGGCCAUGCUGAACCUCACGCAGGGCGAUUGGCUUCGCUUCGAUCGACAGCAAAAGUGGCACACACGAAGGUGGCCCGAGCUCCUGAAGCAGCCGCACUUGGCCAGCCUCUUCGACAGGCUCCCCGAGAUGGUCCUCUUCGCCUUCAUUUACCUCUUCUGCCUUUUGGCCAACGACAAGUCCCGUCCAGGACCAGAAGACCUCGAAGCGGGCUGUCAAGCCUUCCGGUUCUUCACCAUGAUGGCGAUUCUGCUGAUCAUCGUCUUCAUUGG